UCUGGUGAAUUUUGGUCAUGGGUUACUGCCAGGAAAGUAUUUUCCUCUUAUUCCAUACCCUCCCUGCCCCUUCCCCCCACUCCUUAUUUCCCACUCCCACACUCCUUCUCUGCAAGCUGUCUGGAAAAAAAUCUGUGGCAUUUUACUGAUUUUUGGCAAGUUGUAUCUGUUUUACUUUUGGAUCAUCAUAAAGGUAUUGACUUUCACUUGAUUGAUUUUCUAAUUUAUGCAGUUCGCCAUUUUGGCCAGUUAUUUGAGACACACCCAUGGGUGCUAUGUGGAAACUAUAAUUGGAAAACACACCUGCAAUCCAGUAGUACAUCUGGCUGUCUCUCUGAAAUGAGAAAUGGCAUGUCUGCUGCAAGGCGACUAUUCAGUGCUUCACACACAACAGUGGACCCAAAGGAAGUGAAAAAAUUCCAGCUUUUGGCACACAAGUGGUGGGAUGAACAAGGAGAAUAUUCACCCCUUCAUUCUAUGAAUGACAUUAGAGUGCCAUUUAUUAGGGAUACUUUAUUGAACCUGAGUAGUGAACAUCAGCUGGGAAGUCCUUUGUCUGGCAUAAAGAUCCUAGAUGUUGGCUGUGGCGGAGGAUUAUUGAGUGAACCUCUAGGUAGACUGGGAGCUUCAGUUACUGGAAUAGAUCCUCUGGAAGACAACAUUAGAACAGCUGAACAGCACAAAUCAUUUGAUCCAGAUCUAGACAAGAGAAUACAAUACAAAUCUUGUUCAUUGGAGGAGAUUGCAGAAGAGUCUACAGAAACCUUUGAUGUAAUCGUAGCUUCUGAAGUAGUGGAGCAUGUGGCUGACCUAGAAACAUUUAUCUCAUGCUGCUAUCAAGUGUUAAAACCUGAAGGCUCAUUAUUCAUCACUACACUCAGCAAAACACAAUUGUCCUAUGUCCUGGGGAUAGUAGUCGCAGAAAAAAUAAUGGGCAUUGUGCCAGAUGGUACUCACGACUGGGAGAAGUUUAUUACACCUGAAGAGUUGGAGCGCCUGUUAGAAUCAAAUGGCUUUUUAGUUAAGGCAGUGAAUGGAAUGUUGUACAACCCCUUCUCAGGGUCCUGGAGUUGGAUUGAAAGUACUAGCAUUAACUAUGCAUUGCAUGCCGUGAAAUCUAAGGCACAAGAACAGUCAAGUUCAAGAGAGCCACUUUCAGAGGCAGAAGAGGAGCAGCACCAAGCCAGAGCUAAUACCAGCACAACUAUCUAAAGCAUAUGCUGGUAAAGCCUACAAUGGGAAGAUUGGCAUAGACAUCUGUAAUCAAACUAUCUGGAGCAACACAUCUACUUGUUUGCAUUACUUGUAGUUAAGCUGUUUUUUGCCAGUGUGUUUCAGAACAAUUUUUCAUUGUCUCAGGAAUCACGUGGAUUUUAAAAUGAACAAAAAUCUUAGAAAAGACUUGUUUUCAAGGG